UGAUUAGAUUCCUCGUUCGUGACAAGAAAAAAAAAAUUAGAAUCCUCGUAACUUCUCCGUCACCGAUCACUCUUUCUCUCUCUCCGCCGUUGUUUCACGCGGACGAAAUUGAUCUCCGAUUCAUCCAUAGUUUCUCUACAGACGUAACCUUCGUUAUGGAUCCGUCGCACCAGCGUGUUGAGCAGCCUCCUCAGGUAACUCUUCCUGAAUCGCGUGGUGUGGUUAUGGAAUUAGAAUCGGAAUCUGGAAGCUGUUUUGUUGAGAAUAUAGAUCAUGAUGAUAGUGAUAUCGAUACGAACAGCCUCAGUGAUUUUGAUGAACUCGAUGAGGAGGACGAUUCUGGGAUUCGAUUUCGCGAUAUCAGUGAGAUCCGGUUAAUUUCGGUCGAAUCGGGUUCUGAUGAUGAUCCUGAGGAUGAGAGGGAGAUAUGGGGAAUCGAUUUGAAUGAAGACCAUGUAUAUGACGAUGAUGAUGUUAGUGUGACUAUACAUUCACUCCAAGUAGAAGAUCGUGCUGAUGAAUUUGAUUGGGAAGAAGUUGAUGGUGGUGGUGGUGGUGAAAGGGAGAUACGAAGUGGUUUCGCAGAAGCUAACAUCUCUCUAGAAGAUUUAGCUAGAGAUGAUGACUCUGGGAAUCUUGAGUGGCAAGUUUUGAUGAACUCUCAUACUCUAGAGAUCAACUUCGAUGUUGAAAACAGAGAGCUGCACAUCGUUGGCGAUCAUGAAGACUAUAUUCACACGGCUGAGUAUGAUCUCUUGUUUGAACAGUUUGCUCAAGCUGGGAUCACCAAUCUCCGUUUCCCUCCAACUUCCGAAUCUUUCAUCAAGAACCUCCCAGUGGUUGUUCAGCUUGAUGUUGAGAGUGGUGACUGUGCGGUUUGUAAAGAUGAGAUGAGCAUCGGGAGCGAAGCUGUUCUUCAGUUGCCUUGUAACCAUAAGUACCAUGGAGAAUGCAUUGUACCGUGGCUCGAAACGAGGAACACGUGUCCUGUUUGUCGUUAUGAGUUGCCUACAGAUGAUGUAGACUAUGAGCGAAGGAAGAGACAUAUAAGGAGAUAGUGAUGCUGUAUGGUAAAUGGGUUGGUUAACAUCCUCUAUAUAUGGUUUUUGUCUUUUGAAUAUUGAAGCUUGUGUGUGUAUUAGUAUGUUUGGAUUGAGUCAAGCUUUUUCUUAAUUUAUCUUUGUAUUAGCCUCGUUGUGUGAUCCAUGUGAUGGUGUAGGCUUGAGGAGGCUAGCUUUUAUGUAGAGGAACAUGUGUAUGUAUAUUAUUGUUUGCUUGGACAAGGUUUAUACAUGUAUGCAUCCUUGAGAAA